AUGUCCUUCCUACCAAAGCUUACAUCCCGCACAGGUUCCCGCUCCUCGACAUCGUCCGCGAUCUCUCGGAAGCCCAUCCCGGGCAGCUCAACGUCCACCUAUGACUCUCUGACCAGCUCUGCGCCGACCCUUACCACGGCCACCGCCCGGACCAGCGAGGCUUCCGAGUCGUCGUCGCGCUUCGAGGCCGACACGGCAUCCACUCCGCUGUCGCCUGACGACCAGCUCUCUCCCCUCUCCGACCAAGGCGGCUCCUUUGAGUCCCCUGCUCCGAAGGCGCUUCAGAAGGCGCCGCCCAUCCCGCGCUCCCCGCCACCGGCCCCUCCCGCGUUGCUCACGGAGCCCGGCACGCCCCAGCGCGUCCCAGCCGUUACCGCGACGCAGGCUACCCCUGAUGAGAGGAGCCCUUCUCCGGAUCGGCCGCCGGCCGCAGCGAUGCUGCAGCCAAACCGACUACAGCCGCGGCAUCCGUCUCCGUCGCCGAGUCCCCGCGGCCGCAGUGUGUCGGCCCAACCGCCAACCAUCCGCGACAGCUCGGCUGACGGCUUGCGAGUGGUGUCAAGUCCCGUCGGUGGUCGAGCGCAUUCGAAGCCCUCUAGCGAGGGAAGUCCCCCCUCGGCUACGGACAGGCGAAGAUCGAGAAUGAGCUGGUUUCCCGGCGGUCGGUCGAGGGCCAACUCGGAUGCUAGCCGGCCGAGGGGGCCUGGCGCGUGGGUCAUGACCCCGGACGGCCAAGUUGAGUACAACACAGCGCCACUUGUCAAUGGAGAGAAGGUGCCCGAGCUGUGGAACGAGUCUGGCAACGUCUGUGUCUACCUACACCCGAAGCAGAGCGGCCGCGGGCCGUCUUUCAGGGUGGCCGACCAGAUCUUCAGCGCGUCAGCCGUCCUCAACGAGCUUCUGGUGACAGAGAUGAUGGCAGCCUCGGGCCUGUACCCCGAUGCGGCGUCGGCCACACGUCCCGUCACUGAAGGCCAUCUGUACCUGCCCCUUGGGAACACGGAUCUCGACUGCCUCGUAGCAGCCCGAAACCUGUUUGCCCUGUUGACGCACCAACCCCUCGUGGGGACCGCUGAACACCCAACCCUAUUUGCCACGCUCCUUCAGGUCGCGGGCUUGCUUCGCAGAUUCAACUUCACCAGCUACGACGGAUCUUCCAUGGGCGAAUCAGUCGACACAGCCUUCGGUCUGCUCAUGGACGAGUUUGGCAUUGCCGACGUGCGCCACAGCAGGGAAAAGACGCUCGAGGCGCUUAUCCUAGCCGAGCAGAUGAAGUCAUGGAACCUGUACAACGAGGCGUUCGUCCAUGCCGUGGGCAAGUAUGAGGCGCUCAGACACCUCAAGUCCCCCCUCUUCGACAGGAUCUCGGUCAGCACGCGCAAGCGGCUGGACCGUGCCCAUCUGGACCUGGCUGGGCGCCGGGCCAACGUGAAUACGCGGCUCGAGGCGUUCGAGUUCCCCUCGCUGUUCGCCGGGAUCGCCAGUUCGACCUCGACUGAAGAGUACAAGCGCGUCAGGUUCAAGGAGUGGCGCAACGCCUUCGGCAAGAUGAGGAGCUUCGUCCUGGGCUACUACAAGAGCCUCUUCGGCAACUGGCCUCCGCGAGCGCGGAGUCACAAGAACUAUUUCUCCCAGAGCGGGCUGAAUCGCCAGUGCCUCAAGAUCCUCUACUCGGACUUCUGCGCGCUCUACGACCUCCUGGUGGAUCGCCAGUCCAUCACGCCCCGCGUUAUCGGCGAGAUGUAUGACGAUCCCAGCGAGGGCUCCAAGGAGAAGCAGCUCGGUGACGCAUCGAUAUCGGCGCUCCGCAAGGUUCUCAGCGAGUUUGAUAAGUCCUCUCCUCCUGUGCUGCCUCCGAUCCCGUUCGAUAUCCCCAAGAUCCCGAGCAUGACUGCCGUCUACGAGAACUUCCACGAGAUGCCGGCCAAGAAGCAGGCCAAGUACAGCAAGGCGGUGCAGCCGCACGAGCUUCAGCUCAUCCUCCUCAAAGCUCGCAACAUCGACACCGACGCCUUGCAGUUCCCCUUCCUGCUCGCCUACAAGGACUUCGAGCUCAGAGAAGCCCGGGGCGCCAGCCCGCAGGACCUCGCCGACCAGCGCAUCGGCUAUUGGCUCUUCCUCUACGCCGUGCUGCAGUCCCUCCCCAUGCUGGUCGUCGACGCGCCCGGGCUGCGCUACACCGAGGGCGUCGAGGACUUCCUCUGCGAGGCGCCACAGGGCAACCCGCCGUGGACCGAGGACGCCGGCGAGGUGCGCAAGAUGUGGUACCAGACCGCCGGCCAGAACAUCGUCGAGCUCUCCGCCGACGUGGUCAUGUUCUCGGUCGAGGGCAUCUACAUGCGCUCGCACUGCUGGCUGGCCGCCAAGGAAUGGGAAGCC